AUGGCAAAUGGCCAUGGUGAAUCCGUUGGAGAAGAGCCUCUUCGUGAGGCUUUGGCAGAGGUUUCCAAGAAGCUGGGCCUCUUCGAAAGCGUGCGCCACGUGUGUCAGGCAGUCCAGAUUCCUUUGCCGGGCGUCGUGGUUGUCGGCGAACAGUCUGCUGGCAAGUCCUCGCUCCUCGAGAACAUAUCAGGAAUCCAAUUUCCCCGCGCCCAGAACACAUGCACGCGCAUGCCGUGCAUCCUAACUAUGCUCACAGACCCGACCAUCAACGAGCCGUAUGCCCUGGUGUCCAUGAAUUCGAGCUUCGAAGAUGCUGAGCAAUGUGCCGUCGCAGACGUGGAGGGGCACAUUAAACAGCUCACGGAGAAGCAUGCGACAGGAAAUGCCUUCAUUUCCAGCAAGGCCAUGUACGUGCGAGUGGUACGCCACGAUGGACCCCAGCUCUCCCUCAUUGACUUGCAGCUGGCGCUGAUUUGGCUGGGUGUGACGCACAAUGCGGAGAAAAUGUCGAACAUUCACGAGGUCACUGUGAGCCUCGUGAAGCAGUACAUUGAGCCUGAAGAAACGGUUAUUCUGUGCGUGAUCCCGGCGAUGUCUGACUUUGGGAAUGCGGAGGUGGUGAAGUUGGCUCGGGAGUUCGACCCAGACGGCGUCCGCACGCUCGGUGUUGUGACCAAAUGCGAUGAUGCGGCGCAUGCGGAAGCCUCCGACAUCGUGGAGAAGGUGACAAUGGCCAGAGACUCGGACGUGAAGAACAUCGAUGAAGGCAUGAGCCGGCAGGAUUUGUGGGCGAAGGAAGAGACGAUCUUCAGGAACAAUGACCGCCUGAGACGGCUUCCCCCUGACAAUUGGGGCACUCUACGUCUCAUGGAGAAGGUGGCCAAAAUCCAGGAGGCAAGGGUGGAUGAAUGCCUCCCGAAGAUCAAGGAGUCUGUCCGUCAGAGAACCAUCCAGUUGCGGGACGAGUUGCGCUCUUUGCCCGCUCAGGUGGAGGCGGAGGGCGACCAGUUCAAGCUGUUUAACAGCGCUCUUAGGGGCAUCAAGGACGACCUAGACAAGCGCGUGCGUGCUGAGUUUAUGAGCAGCGACACGGCGGAUCGCCAACUCACCAUUGCGCCAAAAGUGGCAUCAAUGAUCCAGAGGCGAGACCUUGCCGAUCGCAAUCCGGACUGGCUUGGUCCAGACAUGAUCGACGAGGUGACAGACACUGUGGAGAUCCAGCUGUGUCGCUGUGCAGCCUUGUUCUACCAAGAACUGUCUUCCUUAGAAACAUUCGUGCAAGGGUUCACGGUCGAAAAUUUGACCGGCCCGCAGGUGUUCAUCAACUUGAUCAGGCGAAUCUUCAUAGAGGAGGACCUGUUGAAGCAGGCUGUGAAUGACCUGGUGGCGAAAGUGGCAGAACACCUGCGUUACGUAGUGCGGCAUGUCAUAGCCAUCCACGCAAAGGUACACCCAGUUUUGGGGAAUCGCUUGGCUAGCAAGGCGGAGGAUUGCAUCGAUGAGAUGACAUCCAAAGCCCGGGACCUUUGCCAGAGCCUGGCUGCGGCGCAGGAAGUCACUUCAACGACGAAUGGAAAUUACAUGGUGAAGUUGUCCCAGUUUCGUCGCUCUUGGUUCGAAGAGGCCAAGGAUGGCCUGAAGCACAUUGCUGAGGCACUCCUGGGAACAGGCGGAAACAAGGACGAAGACCCACAGCUCACACCCGAGUUCGAGGAGUUGGUCAAACAGGCGCAGGAGGAGCCUGACAAGCUCGCUGUGUUGGAGCUCUGUGCUUCGUUACAUGUCUACACUGGCUUCCUCAUAGAGGGAUUUGUGGAGCAUGCGGCGAAACUGGUGAAGUUCAACAUGGUUGAGCAUCUCGGAGACCAGCUCGAAGAGACCUGGCGUGAACAGCUUGCAGGGAGCAACCUCCACGAGCUCUUCCCAAAAGAUGAGACCAUAGCGCGCCAUAGGCAAGCCCUGCAGGAGAACAUGCGCGUGCUGAAGGAUUUCAAGGAUCAGCUCGACACGCUGAAGGUGGCUGCCGCGGUGAACACAUUAGUUCCAGCGAAAAGGAAGACCAUGGCGGACAACUUGCAGGACCGGCAGAUGGCGAGAACGGAGGGCGUGAAGUUGCGGACGUUCACUUGGACUUUCGAUUUGAAGGACUUGGACGGGGAGAAGGGCCAGAAAGGCGCCAGCAUCAGGAGUCCAAACUUCAAAAAGAUGUGCGUCGCCGACAUGCAUCUGCAGUUCUUUCCGUAUGGCGACAGCAAGAGCCCUGAUGGCAAGUCGGCGCUGUUUUUGCAUGCUCCUGCUGGCUGGAACCUCGAAUACCGCUUGCGUGCAGGAGGAGCAGACAACCACUGCCAACACGUCUUUGACGGGAAAGGACACGGGACCAGACAGUUUCCAGAUGUCACAACCUUUUCUAAGCAUGAAGUCAGUGUGGAGCUGCUAAAAGCAGAUCCGCCUCAGUCGACUGGCUGA